GUGCGUUUGGUUGUUUCCGCUCUGUCCCGUCGCCGGUCCCGGAGAAACUUCCACUGACGACCUCUCUGAUCCUCGCGCCAAAUUUCGGCUGGAAAAACGACAAUACGUUUUUUUAUCUUGCUUCCAUUCCAUGGAGUAUGCUGAAUUUGAAGAGAAGGUGAAAAGGACUCUUUAUGUUGAUGAUCUCUCGCCAAAUGUAACUGAAGCUGUCUUGAGGAGUGCCCUUGAUCAGUUUGGAACUGUGAAAAGUGUUCAGUUCAUCCCAAACUACCUGGGACCAAGCAACCUCCCCCAACGUGCUUUGGUGGAGAUGGCAGAACCGAAGGAAGCCAAAGCAAUCAUAUCUGUUCUGACUCAGUUCCCUUUCAUGGUGGCUGGGAUGCCAAGGCCAGUGAGGGCAAGAGCUGCUAAAAUGGAGAUGUUUGAUGAUCGCCCAAAAAGGCCUGGAAGAGAGAUACAGUACUGUUGGUUGAAACCCAGUGAUCCUGAUUUUCAGGUUGCAAAGAGGUUGAAGCAUCUUGUGCAAAAACAUUCUGCUGAAUCUGCCUUAAUGCUCAAGCAACAGCUACUUAAAGAAGAGGAGCUUGCAAAGCAGCAGGCACAGUCUCUCAAAGCAAAUUAUAAGAAGUAUGAGAUGGUUGAUAGUAUAGUAGCUGAUGGGAGAGUCAGUAAACUGGCCAAAUAUUACAAUCAAAUGUUUGAUAGGCGGUUCGUUUUUCCUGGCUAGUUUUGGGAACAAGCAACAAAAUUUUGUAUAAAUGCAAGGGGUCCUCUGCUGUCACUUCUACAAAAAAAAAAUGCUUAGAUAUUAGUCUCCUAAUCAAAUGUGAAGUUAGAUUUGGCUCUUUUCAUCUCCUUUAUCCUCUAGAUUCUUGAGUGAUUCGGGAAUUAGUAUUAUUACUUAAGAGUUCAAGAGCUUGUACUUUUUCCUAGCUUCUAAUUCGCCUUGCUUAUUACGUAGCCUUAUCAUUCAAAAACCAUGGAACGCCUUUCUUGAUCUUGUUCCUCUUAAAAACGAUUUGUAGGUUGCAAAAUAUGUGGGAAGUGAUUCUCAGUUAGGAUUCGGUAAUUAUUAGCUUUUUGACACUUAAUUUCCAGCCAUUGAUCUAUGAUCCGAAGUGUUUUUUAUCCUUCUAUCACAUCCCAUCCCAUCCCAUAUUAUCUUUCUCUUUUUUCCUUUUUUUUUUUCUUUUUCAAAAUUUGCCUUGUUUAAUUGUUGUUUCUACCCUUUUAAGCGUAUAUUGCCUUUUAUUUUAAUCCUAUAAUUAUAGCUUACUUUUGAUUCUUUAUCUUAUUGUAAUAUGGGACCUGAGGGAGUGUAAUCUAAUAAGUAUAUGUAGUGCUU